UCGACCUGAACGUUACGGAAAUAUUAAGUCGAUGAGUCUCUCAAUUAAGGAAUAUAAAUAUCGAUACUUAGUCAACUGAGAGCUACUCUCCACGAAAGCUAUUUCCUUAAAUGUCCGUAAAUUCACGUUUUGAUAAAUUAAUGUAUAAAUAAAUUAAGAAACUAAUAAUAAAUUCACUCAGCAAUUUGUUAAAUCAAAAAAUGUCUGAUCAAAAGCAAAACGGUGACGGUGAUGAGCUAAAUGAUUUGCUCGACAAUGCACUGCAAGACUUUGACAAAAGCAAAAGCGGAACCAAGUCGGAGAAGUCGGUGGCCACAACGGAUGGGACAGCAACUACUGUCGGUGAGGGCAACGAAGAUCCCGAUGCAUUUUUCAUCGAACAGGCGAAAAUCUUAGCAGAUCGAAUGAACACACUUUUCGGUGGUCCGGAUACGCCCAGUGGCGAUAUUCCACCAAUGCCACAGGAUCCUGAGCAAAUAAUGGCCGGCUUUAAGAAAAUGGCAGAAGCUGCUGCCCUCACGCUGAGUGGAGAGAACACUGCCAACGACGACGAGGUGUCCAAGUAUUCCGAUAGCAUUUCCCAAGCCCUCAAAGGUCUGCAAGAGGGCACCGAAAAUCUGGCUGCACCCGCCUCUGAGAAUGAUAUAGCCAGCAUGUUUGGCUCCAUGAAUCUGGAGGGCGCCGAAGGUGAAGGUAACAAUUUCCUGCCUUUUAUGGAGGGCAUGAUGCAGAGCCUGCUCUCUGCCGAAAUCCUGUUGCCUAGCAUUAAGGAACUGUUAGAGAAGUAUCCCAAAUACUUGGAAGAAAAUGACGCCAAGCUGUCAGCAGAGGAUAAAGAAAGAUACCAAAAGCAGAUGGACUUGUACAAGGUGAUUGAGGGUCAUUUGCAGAGCGAAAAACCCGAUGAUACAGCAACCGUAAAACGUGAGAAAUUCCGUGUAGUACUCGAUGAUAUGCGCAAGCUACAAGAUUAUGGACAACCGCCAGCAGAGAUAUUAGCAGAGACUGGUGGAGAUUUGCCCUUAAUUGAUCCAACAGCAGCUGGCGGUGUGCCAAACCCUCAAUGCCCGACAAUGUGAAUUUUUGGGAAACGGCAGGCUUUUUCUCUUUUUGGGUGUUGUGUCGUUCCUCGUGGAGUGCCAAUCUGUUGAAUGUUGCACAUGUAGCAUAAGGAUAAAAAUUAUCUUAUACAUUUAAACGACAUCUCGUGAUGGUUAUUAU